GUGAUUUACAAAUAAACACUGCAUUUAUCCAUAACUGUCGAAAUAAAAAGAAAAUGGCGGCGAUUAAACUACGGCUAAAAAAAACACAGAGGCCCUUUCCAUAUUUUGUUUUUGUUUUUCCUUCUCCCCCUAUCUUUUACAGACACACGUUCCAUCUUGUUUAGUUUGACUGAGCAUAACUUUGACUAGAGAGCACAAAACAAAAAGUAUCUAUAGAAAAUGUCUGUUUAUAACCAUCGACCCAUGGGGCCACCUACGUCUAGUCGUUUGAUUGAAUUACUGGAUGCCGUCAAAAACGAAUAUGAUCAACUUGCUCAAGAAGUCAUUGUCUGUAAGAACCAAAGAGAUGAAUAUGAGCACAAGAUGAAUAAUCAAAUACAAGAGAUGAGUCUCUUUCAACAAAACUUGAUUGAUCUCGAAAGAACUCAACAAAUGAUAAAGAAACAAUAUGAAGAAGAAAUUGCAAGACUUCGUCAACAGUUGGAUCAACAAGCACAACAUGUUCAACAACAUGGAAAUGCUCCUGGUCCUACCGCUGCUACUGCUGCUGUUUCUGCUCCUCCUCCUCCACCUCCUGUCGCAGGUGGUGGUUAUGUUGGUCCCUCUGGUUACCAACAACCACCUCAAGUACCACCAUCUUCUUUAAUGGAAGCUAAACCUCCUGUUCAUCAUCCCAAUUACCCUCCAGCUGGUCCCCCUCCACCCAGUGGCCCACCUCAUCCUUCUUCUGGUGUUUCUGGCCAUCCCUCUUCAGGUACACCUUAUAUCAAUGGUGGUUCCCCUCUUCCUUCUAAUGCUCCACCACCACCACCGCCAUCACAGCUCACUGCUACUCGAGCUGGUGUCAAUCCUGUCAAGUCCGGGGCUGGUCCUCACAAUACUGGAGCUUCAGAAGCCCUUGGUGACAUUAACCCUGAAAGUGUUCCUCCUAAUAUGAAGGUGGAAGGACAAGACUGGUUUGCAUUGUUCAAUCCUAAAGCUACCCGUUAUCUUAAAGUAGACCUUGUUCAUACUUUUGAACAUGGUAGUGUUGUCUGUUGCGUUAAAUUUAGUGCUGAUGGUCGUUUCCUUGCUGCUGGUUGUAAUCAAGCCACUUAUAUUUACGAUACUAUGUCUGCUACUCGUGUUGCUGUUCUUCAAGAUGAAAAUGCUGGUCGUGACGGUGAUCUUUAUAUUCGUUCAGUUAGUUUCAGUCCUGAUGGCAAAUUCUUGGCUACAGGUGCUGAAGACAAACAAAUCAGAAUUUGGGAUAUUGCAAAGAAGCGUAUUCGUGGUAUCUUGUCCGGUCAUGAACAAGACAUUUACUCACUUGAGUUCAGUCGUGAUGGUCGUAUUCUUGUUUCUGGUUCAGGUGACCGAACAGCCCGUAUCUGGGACUGGCAAAGCAUUCGUUGCUUACAUGAGCUCCGCAUUAAUGAUGUAGAGCAACAAGAUUUGGGUGUGACCAGUGUUGCCAUUUCCCCUGACAGCCGUCUUGUUGCUGCUGGUAGUCUGGACAAAGUGGUUCGUGUUUGGGAUGCUGUUACAGGCCAACUGUUGGAGCGUUUAGAAGGACAUAAGGAUAGUGUGUAUUCUGUUGCUUUUAUGCCAGAUGGAAAGACAUUAGUGAGUGGUAGUUUAGAUAAGACGUUGAGAAUGUGGCAAUUGGGCGGUGAAAGAUCAAAUGGAGGAUAUGAUCGCAAGAGUGCCUGUAUUCAAGUAUUCACUGGUCACAAAGACUUUGUUUUAUCUGUCGCUACUACACCUGAUGGUAAUUGGAUUGUCUCUGGCUCAAAGGACCGUGGCGUUCAAUUUUGGGAUCCUCGUACAGGACAAACACAGUUUAUGCUUCAAGGUCACAAAAAUUCUGUGAUUUCUGUUGCCACAAGUCCUGGUCAUAAGCCUAUGUUUGCUACUGGUUCCGGUGAUAAUCGUGCUCGUAUUUGGAGUUACGAACCAUUAGGACCCAACUAAACUGCAUAUCACCAAUUCAAACACUUGUAUAUUAUACAUCCCUUUUUUUUCGUUUUUUUUUUUUUUUAAAUCUUUCUAGGAAUAUACGCGUAUAUACAAAUACAAACACACACACACACACACACACAAAUAUACAUACAUAAAGAGUUUGUUUCCCAAGACAACUGUUUCAGUGAGAAAAUAAUCUGGGGUAAAAUUAAAACUUGGGAUUGAUGUGGCACAUUCAA